CAACGUCUCUACCGCGUCCGCCAUACACCAUGGAAGCCGGUCCGUCCAACGGGUAUGGGUCACCAGAGUACGGCGGGGCGGAGGAGGAGGAGUAUGAUAACUCCCAAUUACUGAGUUAUGAAGAUUAUUGGACGGUCAUCUCUGGGUAUAUCGGCGAGAAUGGAUUGGUCAGGCAACAGACGGCGUCGUUCAACGAGUUUGUCGACAAUACUAUGCAGGAGAUUGUCGAUGAACGGAGAUUGUUGACGCUGGAUCAGCACGACCAGUAUACGGGCUUGGCGAAUGACGAAACGCGGCGACAUGAGAUUGAGUUUGGGCAGAUUUAUCUCGCUCGUCCGACCAUGACAGAGGCGGACGGUCAUACGCAGGCACUGUUUCCCAACGAGGCGAGAUUGAGGAAUUUGACGUACUCGUCUGCGCUGUAUAUCGACGUGUCACGUCGCGUGUUGACGGCUGGAGGGAGUGAGGACCCGAUAGAAGCCGAUUGGCAACCGGCAGUGGAUGAGUAUGGGAAUGAGAUAGGGACGGCGUCAGAGAAGAUCUUUAUAGGCAAGCUCCCCAUUAUGGUCGGAUCUACCCACUGUAUUCUCGACAAACUUCCAUCCGACCAGUACGCCAAAGUCGGCGAAUGUUCUUACGAUUCUGGUGGCUACUUCGUCGUCAAGGGAUCGGAAAAGGUGCUCAUUGGUCAAGAACGUAUGGCUUUCAACAAUGUCUACACGUUCAAAAAGGCCACGACGUCUGGCUUCACCUUCUACUCCACAGUCACGAGUCAGGUUGAAAAGACGGCCAAAAUUUCAGAAAUGGAGGUGAGGUUGUAUCCCCGAGGAGAUCGGAAAGGAGGCAUGACAGGAGGCGGACCGACUAUCAAAGUGAAGAUACCAAAGAUCAAAGUGGAUAUCCCUCUCGUCAUUGUAUUCAGGGCCCUAGGGAUCGUUCCGGAUCGGGAUGUGCUCAAUCACAUCUGUUUCGACGAAGACGACACGGCCAUGUUGGAGAUGCUGCAACCGAGUAUCGAGGAUGCGUUCGCGGUGCAGGAUCGAGACGGCGCGUUGGAUUUCAUUGGUCGACGAGGACAGAACGAGGGAGGGACCAGGGCGCAGCGUAUGCGAGCGGCAUUCGACGUGUUACAGAUGGAGCUACUGCCGCACGUGUCAACCAGCGAAGGCUUCGAGUCGAAAAAGGCGUAUUUCCUCGGACACAUGGUGUCAAGACUGUGUCAGGCGACAUUAGGGAGGCGAGAGCUGGACGACAGGGAUCACUUUGGGAACAAGCGGAUAGAUCUGGCGGGUCCGCUGUUGGCGAACCUGUUCCGACAAUUGUUCUACAGGUUCACCAAGCGGAUCAGGGAUGAGUUGCAAAAGUGCAUCUCCACCAACAAAGAGUUUUCCUUGACUACUGCUAUCAAACCAGACAUCAUCACGAAUGGGUUUCGUACAGCCAUCAGUACGGGCAACUGGCCCACGGGAUCCAACACACAUCGUGUGGGUGUGUCCCAGGUACUCAACCGGUACACCUACGCCUCCACUCUGUCCCAUUUGCGUCGCUCCAACACACCGAUUGAUCGAGGAAGCAAGGCCACCAAGCCGCGACAGUUGCACAAUACACACUGGGGCAUGGUGUGUCCCGCCGAGACGCCGGAAGGUGCUGCAUGUGGACUGGUCAAAAACAUGGCUCUCAUGUCGUACGUGUCGGUUGGUUCGCCCUCUGCCCCUAUCAUGGAAUUCUUGGAGGAAUGGGGUUUGGAAGAUCAGUCAGAAUACAUCGCCGCGCCGACAGCGACCAAGGUGUUCGUCAAUGGUGUGUGGAUGGGAAUCCAUCGCGAUGCGCCGACAUUGCACCAGAACCUCUUGCAGAUGCGUCGAGGGGGUCAGCUAAAGGACGAAGUGUCCAUCGUGCGAGACAUUCGAGAGCGCGAGCUCAGACUGUGUACGGACGCUGGGAGGGUGUGUCGGCCAUUGUUCAUCGUCGACGAGGCAACACAGACGCUCAAACUGACCAAAGCCGAUGUGGACAGAAUAGAGGACGCCAUGUUGUCCGAGGAUGGGGCGGCCAACCCUAAUGGCGGUCGUGAGGCAUUUGACGAGUUGCUCAGCACGGGUGUCGUGGAAUAUGUCGACGCGGCAGAAGAGGAAACGAUUCUCAUAGCCAUGUCGGCCGAGGAUCUCGACAAUGCGCGGGUCAUGACGGGCAGAGAGGAGCUGGUCAAGGCGCGAGCGGCUCACAAUAUGGAAUCGUUUGACCCUGCGGCUCGAGUCAAGAGCACCAAUUGGUCUCAGAACUACACGCACAUGGAGAUCCACCCUUCGAUGAUUCUCGGCGUUUGUGGAUCCAUCAUUCCUUUCCCUGAUCACAAUCAAUCGCCUCGAAACACGUAUCAAUCGGCCAUGGGCAAACAAGCCAUGGGCAUUCAUCUGACAAACUAUCAACUGCGCAUGGACACGAUGGCCAAUGUGCUAUAUUACCCCCAGAAACCGCUCGCUACGACGCAAUCGAUGAAGUAUCUCAAAUUCUCCGACCUGCCAGCAGGACAAAAUGCCAUUGUCGCCAUCAUGUGCUACUCGGGAUACAAUCAGGAAGAUUCCGUCAUUAUGAAUCAGAGUUCUAUCGACCGCGGUCUGUUCAGAUCGUUGUAUUAUCGAUCCUACACGGAUACAGAGCAGACCAAGGGACUAGAGAAAACAGAGACGAUUGAAAAGCCUGAUCGAAGCGAUACAUUGAGGAUGAAGCAUGGAUCGAGUGAUCGGUAUGCCAAACUCGAUGCCGAUGGGUUGAUCGCACCGGCGACCAACGUCAAUGGCGACGAUAUAAUUAUUGGCAAGACGGCCCCGUUACCGCCUGACAGUGAGGAGUUGGGACAACGCACCCAGUUACAUCAAAAGCGAGAUGUGUCGACGCCUCUCAAAUCCACCGAGCAAGGUGUUGUGGAUCAGGUCAUGAUUUCGACCAACGGAGAGGGCAACAAGUUUGUCAAGAUUCGUAUUCGAUCGACUCGUGUGCCUCAGAUCGGAGACAAGUUUGCCUCACGACAUGGUCAAAAGGGUACGAUUGGAAUUACCUACCGACAAGAGGACAUGCCGUUUAGUGCGGAGGGCAUCACUCCGGAUAUCAUCAUCAACCCCCAUGCUAUCCCGUCUCGAAUGACAAUCGGUCACUUGGUCGAAUGUCUCAUGUCAAAAUUGGCCACUCAGAUUGGUCAAGAGGGAGACGCGACCCCGUUCCACGACGCGGUGACGGUCGAAGCUGUGUCCAAGAUGCUCCGCGCGAGGGGAUUCCAAAGCCGAGGUUUGGAAGUGAUGUAUCAUGGUCACACGGGGAGGAAACUCCAGGCUCAGAUCUACUUUGGACCGACAUAUUAUCAACGAUUAAAGCAUAUGGUGGAAGACAAGAUUCAUGCGAGAGCGAGAGGGCCUUUGCAGAUCUUGACGCGGCAGCCCGUGGAGGGUAGGAGUAGGGAUGGAGGUUUGCGGUUCGGGGAAAUGGAGCGUGAUUGUAUGAUCUCUCACGGCAUUGCUGGGUUCCUCAAGGAGCGAAUGUACGAUUCAUCGGACGGUUUUAGGAUCCACGUGUGUGAUCAGUGUGGACUCAUGGCCAUUGCCAAUCUCAAAAAGCAAGAGUUUCACUGCUCAGUCUGUCGAAAUUCGACACAGAUUUCUCAAGUGUACAUCCCCUACGCGGCAAAGCUAUUGUUCCAGGAGCUUCAAGCGAUGAACAUUGCCGUUCGGAUGUAUGGCGAUGCAGAGUAG